AUGGCCAGCAGUAGCACUUACCCGUUUCCUCAUGAUCCCCUCGUUAACCUCGCCAAUAUGGCUGCUGUGAAGGCACGAGAUACUGCAGAAGCGUUUUUCAAGCUUCAAUACUUCGAGUUGGCGAUCAAGCAGGCUAUGGUAGCCAAACAAUUCGACCCGGAUUUGCAAGACGUCGAUCACUUCAUCCUAGCAUACCAGAUUCAUAAAGCUGUGUCAGAGAAGAAAGAUUGGUAUCAUGUUCUUGGCUUCCAACAGGUUACUGACUAUGUAACCAUCAAGAAACAAUACAAAGAAUUGGCGCGCUUUGUGCACCCAGACAAGAAUAGCUCUGCUGCUGCAGAAGGGGCUUUCAAGCAUGUCAAAGCGGCAUUGGACUUUCUCUCUGACUCUGCCAAAAAGAAGGCUUACGACAAGUUGUUAAGUACUGGGCAGUUUCAAGGGUCUAAGGUCAAGAACACUCGCAAGAGGGCUUGCCCACAGGCUAAGACCAGUAGAGAUGAUCGGGAUGUUUUCAAGAAGACUAUCAAGAUAAUGAGGAAAACGAACCCAGGUCAAAAGACAUGUUGUAUGAGGAUAUCUGUAUGUAGGGUUGCUUGA